AUGGAAACCAACAUUCAAAAUAUCCAGUACAGGUGGAGUGAUGAUGUCAUCAUGCCUGGACGCAAGAGGCUUGAUGACUUAAUUUCAGCGCCUGUGCUUCGCAGACGGAAGCUUGGAACGGAAUGUUCUAAUGAAGAGACUCGUAUUGAAUUAAUUAAUGGCACCACUGAGAAAACUACAGAAAUUAAAAAGCGGAUCAAUGAAAUCUUCAAUCAGAUAGACCAGAAGAUGCCUAAAGUAACAUUUAUCCAUAAAGACAGUGCAACUAGUCCUACAAACAGCAGGGUGUUCAUUAAAAACCCCCAAAACCGUUACUGUGUCGGGGAGCAAUUAGUCAUACAGGUUGAUGUGUAUGAUUAUCUGGGAAAGAGAAAAACCUACGGAGGAGAUUAUCUAAGAGCUCGAAUUUCCAACCCAGAUACGAAAGCGGGGUCUUCUGGGAGGAUCGAAGAUUUAAACAACGGAACGUAUCAUAUUCAUUUUACUAUAUUCUGGGAAGGUAAAGUGGUGGUGACCGUAUUUCUCAUGCACCCAAGCGAAGCAGUUUCUGCCCUCUGGAGGUCAAGGAACAGCUGGUACGGCAAUGUAGCUUACUUAGGAAAAUUCACAAGUAAAGGCAAGGAAAUGGUGACAAAGUGUGGAUAUGAUCUCAAUAAAAAAGAUGAACUAUGUGAAUAUGCUGACCACGAAAAUGAAGAAUACUUUUAUUGUGUCAAACCUCAAAAUUUAAGCUGUGAAACAUAUACUGAGUUUAAAAAUUGGAAAACAAUUGCCACCCAGCUGUCCAAACUGGAAAACAGUUUCCUUACAAGGUCAUUUGUCAGAGUGGAAAUCCCAGUAAAUUUUCAGGCCCUAAAUGUAGUUCUCUGUAACAGCGGACAUUUAGAGAAGAAAGAAAGCUGCACGACUGGAAUGGGCUUAGAAUAUCCCAGUGGACACGUCAUGGCGGAUAUCUGGUACCCAAAAGGAUGUGCAAUGAGGACCUAUCAUAGUAUGGAGGAAAUGAACACAUGUAUGAAGGGGAAGUUUUUUUACAUGUUUGGCGAUUCUACAAUGCACCAAUGGAUGACAUACUUUGAAAACAAGUUAAAAACAUUAAAAAUGCUCAACGUCUAUGAAAGUGGGUGGGCGCAGAAGCAUGUAGGUGUGGACAUUGAAAGGAACAUACAUGUUGUUUGGAAAAGACAUGGAAGGCCCUUCGUGAAUUUGGACUUUGUGUCUCUCAGAGAAGAGCGCUCUAUCCCACGUGAAAUCGAUCUUAUUGGAGGCAACAAGCACACCGUGAUUGCACUAAACAUCGGGGUACACUUCAGACUCUUCCCAGUCCAUCACUAUAUCCGAAGACUCCUCAACAUUCGUCGAGCUAUUGAACGUCUCUUCCUCAGAAGCCCAGAAACAAAAGUCAUCAUUAAGACUGAGAAUACAAGUGAAAUGGGGGGCGAGUAUGAAGGAAUGAGCGAUUUCCAUGCCUACGUUCACUAUUUCAUAAUGGAAAUCAUCUUCAAAGAUCUCAAUGUCGGCUUUGUUCAUGGAUGGGACAUGACCACUGCAUUUAAUACAAAUCAAAUACAUCCGGGAGAAAACUAUGUAAGAAAUGAGGUAAACAUGUUGAUGACAUAUAUAUGUACCUGA